UUAUAUGUAUGCGAUGCGUAAUAUCUGGUAAUACGUUGUAUUUUAGGCAAGGUGACGGUCAUGGUAUUGGUAUUCGGAUACCCCUACUGCUAGAUAACCCGCACAGCAGGGCGAACAAGCUUGCGCUGAAGUAUAACAGUGUAUAGGUGCGAAUCUACAACCACAGCAGUCUCUAUCCCUACUUGUCUACCACGUUCCUUACACAGUCUCAAGCUCAAACAGUAUGGUCGCUCGGGUCGCUCGUGCAGUUUUCUAUGAGUGACAAGUAACGGUUCGCGAAUUAAAGAAAUAAAACGUCGAAUAAUGAUUAAUCAUAACUGAAGUCAGACCGAGAUCUGUGUAAUGAUCAAAGAUAUGGCUGAUGAUGAGGCCAUACAGGCCACUAAUGACGACGCGAGUGAAUGUAAAAGAUACGCGGUUCAACUUGGUUACUGGUCCGAUCCAUUUAUUAACUUUUUCGUAAAACAAACCGGACGAAAAGCACCCGAAAUCAAUCGUGGCUACUUCGCGAGAGUGAAGGGGAUCGAAGUUUUCAUUGACAAAUUCCUUAAGCUGUCUGGUGAAAAAGGCCAAAUUAUAAACUUGGGUGCUGGAUUUGAUACACUUUAUUGGAGACUCAAGGAAGCAGGAAAGACUCCAAUAAAUUUUGUAGAACUUGAUUUUCCUAGCAUCACCGCUAGAAAAUGUUAUCACAUAAAAAAACGCAAGCACUUGAUAGACAUGUUAAAUACAGAAGAUGGAGAAAUUAGGUUUUCAACAACAGAUUUGCAUGCCGCCAAUUAUCAUUUGGUGGGAACAGAUCUGCGGCACAUAUCUGAACUUAUUAAUAAAUUAACAGAGGCAGAAGUUAAUUUUAAUCUCCCAACCAUGUUCCUUGCAGAAUGUGUCUUAGUGUAUAUAGACACUAGUGCAGUUUCUACGUUGUUAAAAUGGCUUGCUGCAAAAUUUUCAAAUAGUCUUUUUGUUAAUUAUGAGCAAGUGAACAUGAAGGAUAAAUUUGGUCAAGUUAUGUUAUCUAAUUUACGCAGUCGUGGAUGUUUGUUAGCUGGUGUAGAAGAUUGUGAAUCUUUGGAAACCCAACAGAGACGUUUUACGAUAAACAAUUGGGAAGGUUCUAAUGCGUGGACAAUGGUAGAAGUCUAUGAUUCACUGCCUCAAGAUGAUCGUAGUCGAAUCGAGCAUAUAGAGAUGUUGGAUGAACGAGAACUUUUAGUCCAGUUGUUGCAACAUUAUUGUAUCUCAGUUGCUUGGAAUGGGCAAACAUUUAAGAAUUUGUCUAUAGCACAGGGUUAGAUUUCCUAACUCUUGUAAGUUACUCCAGGUACGGAUACCAUGUCACUAAAAAUCUUUAAGCUUGUAAGUACAUAUGUGGUAACUAAUGAUGUAAAGUUAUUAAUAACAUGAAAAUCAGUUUUAAAGUUCAAUUUUCAGUAUGGUAUAAAACUAAUAAAUAUGUCGGAUUAUAAUAGUAUCUUUUCCUCCAUUAUGUAAGCAAAUAUUUCGUAUGUUUUUGCAGUAUUAUAGAAAAUGAAAUAAACAAAUGUUUAGUUUCGUUAUAUUAAACUUGAAGCCAAUUUAUCCUACUUUCAUUGUAAUUGUAUAUUAUACAUGUCAUGAUUGUAUUAUUAAAAUAACAUUAUCGAAAGUUUAAAAUCAUUUCUUGGGUAAUUGGUUAAGAAGUCGUAUUUAAAUAUACAAAGCCAAUUUUCAUUCGUAUUUCAGAAUCCACGUGUUCUUCCUGUAAAAAUUAAACUUCUACUUAGAAUUAAUUGUAACAUUUAACAAAUUCUGUUUUCAUACGCCAUUUAUUACUUCGUACUUGUAAGCUCUCACACAUAUUUAUAAAUUUCCUACCAAGCCGUACUUUCGAUUAGUAUUAUAUAUCGUUAAUUAAUUAAUUAUGUAUGCAAUUUUUUAUGAAGGUGAUUUAUGUAACAUAAUAACGUGCAACGAAAGUGAGAUUUUACGUAAACAUAAAAAGAGAAUAGGACAGCACAUGUUUUGGAAAUAAAUUUUUUUAGUAUACCAUUUUCUAAAUGUUCCAACUAAUUUAAACGAUUAUUUACGUGUACAGAAAGAAUUAAUUAAAAUACAUUUAAUAUUCACAUUUAUAAUACUAUAACUUAGGCUAUUAAGAUAUGAUAUAUUUCUGUGUGUUAAAGGAAAUGUAUACAGGAGAAAAUUGUAUUUCCAUCGUUAUUAUUUUCAUAAAAAAGACAUAGAUAGGUGGAUCAUAAAAUUGUAAACAAAUUUCUCAGGAAACAAAUUACUAACACAUUGAUUAGACAAUAUUUUUGAGUCAAUGUCAUUCGAAAGAAUUCAAGUUGAUUCAUUAACUUGUCGCCUACUUAAUAAAAAUAUGACAGUGUUAUUUUUUUAUAAAGGAACAUCAGGGUUGUGAUAUAUAAAAACGUACUAAAACUAAUGUGAAAGUUGAAACUUUAUCAGAUGAUGGAUAUUUACAAAAUUAAGUUACAUUGAUCGCAAAAUCAGUUUUUGUAUUUCUUUCUAUUUCUCGAAUCUCGUGUUUAGCUUUUACUGUACUUCUUUCUAUUCGUGAUAAUACAUUUGCUAAUAUUCUUAUAAAGGCUUAUUAGACCAUAAGGUGUAGUACAUAGGGGAAACACAAAAUAUAUUUAAAAAAAAAAGUGAGUUCACAUACGUUGUAGAAUUCAUAUGUUUUUUGAAGAUAGCAUUACAUACCUGGAGUAACGUCAACACUAAGAAAUAAUCUAAUAUUCUAUUUUUCUGAAAAGUUAUGAAUCACAGUUAUACCUGUCAGUGAUGGUAGAUUCCAAUUUCCAUGUUCUAAACAUUCAAUAAUAAAAUCAUACCUCAUCAUAA